CUCGCAUUCGCCCUGGUUCUGACGCCGGUCACCUCCACCUGUGCUGCACGUGAGCUAUGAGAUGCACAUUUGGAGGAUCGCGGAAGUCAAUGGAAAAGUUAUGUUCAAACAAAAAACUCAUUUUCUGUACUAUUGCGCUCUUUCUGACUACAUAUACAUUCGUUGGAAACCCCUGGAAACAAGUGUUCAGCCAUGAGCCGCUCUUUGCGCUCGGCACCAGGCUGGUUCGAAAUGAUACCGAAAUGGAGACAUCCAUGGUCAGCCAUCCGUUACGGAAGCCUAUUUCGUCUAACCACACUGGGGUCAACAUACUCCUCUAUUGGACACAUUAUCAGGACAGACCUGUCUUCUAUAAUGGAUUAGGCCAGAAGCCUUUCAGUGGCUGCCCGGUGAAGAACUGCCUUACGACCGCAAACAGAUCCUUGCUUCGUCAAGCUCGUGCUGUCCUGUUCAAUGGAUUUUACAUGAACGCGACAGAUCUUCCUGAACACAGACGGCAAGAUCAGCAAUUUGUUUUCUAUAUGAUGGAAUCCCCAAUGCGAAAGGUGAACCUUUUAAAUUCGCUGGACUACUUCUUCAACAUAACAAUGACUUAUCACCGUCACGCGGAUGUCUUCUCUCCAUACGGCACAACAGUGGCUGGGAAACAAACAGGGGAGCUGCCAGAGUUCUCCAAGAGAGUCCGCGCAGCUGCCUGGGUGGUGUCGCACUGCAGCACCCACUCCAAGAGGGAGGAAUACGUCCAGAAGCUCGCACGGCAUCUUGUCGUGGACAUCUACGGCAGAUGCGGAACGCUUAAGUGCCCCAGCGACCAAGGCGGUGGAAGGAACGCGGAGGCCUGCUACCGAACUCUUGCUGCGUCGCACUUCUUCUACCUGUCAUUUGAGAACAGCCUGUGCGAAGACUACAUUACAGAAAAGUUCUGGCACGCUCUGCGGGCGGGUAUAGUGCCGGUGGUGCGUGGAGCGUCGCCCGAGUCCUACCGUCGCGUGGCCCCACCCAACUCCUUCAUUCACGUGCAGGAUUUUGCCAGCGUGCAGCUGCUGGCAACCUAUCUCACAUCUCUCAUGGAGAACCGCACCGCGUAUGAAAGCUACUUCGCAUGGCGCAACAGCUACCGGGUUGGUUGGUACCCGGCUUUCUGCCACCUAUGUGCCUACGUCAGUCGGAAACAGCCAACCAAGUCAGUCAAAAUUUCCGAGGUGUGGGGAAUAGAUCGCAGUUGCGUCAGACCCGAUGUUACUGACAAGGAAUAAGGCAUGGAGUUCUCUGCACUCUCCGUGUCUGUUCUGAAAUGUUCUCGUAAAGGAAACGCUCAACAUUUGAAGAUAUGAAGUAAGCAAGUGGUGGAAUAAACUCACUUACAUCUAUUUGUAUACUUUUGAGCGGAACAGUCAGUUUUAGUUGCUUAUGUAAUUUCUGGGAACAAAUCUCACGCGAAGCAGUGCUUGUGUGUAUGCCGUGAUCCCUACCAUCUGAUCGCGCAAUGUCUGGCUAACGGCAGAUUUUGGUGGCGAGAGCUUAACGUGUCGCAAUGCUCGACAGGGUCGGACCUGUUUUCUGACGUGAUCUGACCCUUAACGCAAUCGCUGCCAUUGCCAUAGGAAUCUUGCAUAGCUUGCACAACAUAUCUAAGAGUCAGUGGACUGUCAUUGUGUGUGAAAUCCGUGCUCAAGUCACCAGAUAUAAGCAGCUCGACAAUGGGGUAUGUAUUCACGUUGCAGCACAUUCCAAUGUACCUUGUAUUUCAUCAAAGGAUAAAAUACAUGCCUGUCGUAUUGUC